CAGGACGUAGAACAAGUGACCUGCCAAACUGAGAAUCAUUCGAAUUCGAAUUUAAUUUCAUGUUCGUUCUGGUUCUGGAUGCUAGUGAGUAGUGACUACAUUUUUUUUGCGGAUAACAAAUCCAAGGAGAGUACUACAGUAUAACAUAAUACAUUUUUUGUCAGGCGGUGACCCGGUGCACAAGCUACCAUUUGGUCUUCAAGCUCAGCCAACGCGCAACGUCAUUCGAGUACCUAUACACAAUAUACAGGGCACGUGGAUAAAUGGGCGAUACGAUGAACGGCCGUGACGUGACGGCAACACUGAAGGAAAUGCUCCUUCGGACGAUGGUUUUGUUUAUGAUCACUAUGGACGUAUGUUGGGGAUCAGAUCCACCAAAAUCGUACGGCCCGUCUCCGUCGAACGAUAACUACCAAAAUAAUUACGAACCUGAGUUUCAAAGGCCGUUAGCUGUGUUUACAGAGAGACCCGUGAAUGUGGCUAACUUUGUACUGAUCCCAGUGGUGCAAGUCCCGUCCUCAGAUCUAAGGAUGAUUUAUCGGCCACAGAUCGACAGUGUUUCAAAAACUGAACCAAUAAUAAUGUGCAAAUCAUUAACAAAAUCGUUCGAAGCUACCCCUGCGGUGCAAGUGCAGUUGCAGCAACCAUUCUACCUGUAUGAUGAACGGACGCUUAUACCGUUCCCAAAGUCAGUUACCAUCUUGCAUGGUGGUUACCGCAUGUCAAUCCCGGUUGGCAUGGUCGUAGCUCCAGUUCCAGUAGAUCUUCUCCGAGCAGGCCCAGUGUUCGUCACCACGUUGUACGCUAUACCCGCGGGCCCCGUGCCAGCGCCAUCACCAGUCAGAUUCGUUCCAUGGUCGUCUUAUCCUCUGAAUCCAACGGCGCUUCAGCCGUACUCGGCACCAGCGCCAUCCCAGUACUCGGCACCACCUCCGUCCCAGUACUCGGCACCACCUCCGUCCCAGUACUCGGCACCACCGCCGUCCCAGUACUCAACUGCCGAAUCGCCGUCCGCUCAGUACUCGCAACCGGCACCACCGUCACCCACUUACUACCAACACUCGGCAGGCACCACUGAUGGCGGAUACGUCGAAGAGUCCAACGAACCACCAGGCAAACUCUACUCACAGUUGGCGGCUGCUUCGUUCCAAAACUCCAAAGAAUCGCCAGUGCUGCACCAACUCAGAGAGGAGUCGGAAAAGAACCGCCACAAGUACGCACCGCCUUCGUAUAACAAUCAUUAUCAAACGGUGGACGCUGCGUAGACGUUGGACGGGUCAUCGCCACUAGAAUUGUGGCCUAAGGGGCAGUGGACGGGUGCACGCUUUCCACGAGACAGUCGUGCUAAUUUUUUUUUUAUCAUUAAUAUUAUUAUCAUUAAUUAACAAAAACUAUUUUUCUAUCCCAUAUAAUAUAUUAUAUUUUAUAGGUUAAAAUCUUAUAAGGAAAGACUAUUAUUCUUAUAAUAUUAUGUGUUAUGUAUAAUUUUUAUAAUAAAAAUAAAAACAAAACAAUUUUAUAUUAAAAUAUAAUUAGACCAAUAUAUUUUAUAACUAUAUAAUAUAAUAUCUACGAACAACUAAUACAAUUUGUUUUAGUACCCAUAUAUUAUGAUAUAUUAUUAUAUUAUUAUGAGAAACAAAUAAUAGUUUACAACGAUUUACUCUGUUAGGUAUUAUUACAAUAUUAAUUAUUAGCUCUUUUAGUUACUACUUAAAAAAUAGAAACUAUCAACCUACGACAUUUCGAAAUGGAUUAGGUAUAAUAAGUAUUAUGCAUUCAUACGUUCAACUUGUUAACUAGUCCUCAUACAAAACAUUUUAUAUUAUUUUUGCAAUAACUAUUGUACUUAUAUUAAGCUUAUAAGAUAAUCACAUAAAAUCUAAAUAUAAUAUUAUGUUUAUUAUUAAGAAACUUAAGUUGGAUAAACGAAGACUUUGACUUGAAAAUAGUUGAGUCUCACCAAUGAUAUUAUUUAUAAUUUAUAAUUUUUCUUUAUGUUCAGAAUUAAAUAAUAAUUAUAUUAUAAUUUAUCAAAACAAUUUUAUUUUAAUUUAUUAAAUUGUUUAUUAUAUUAUGUGGCCACAAAAAAAUUAGGUAGGUACUAAUUUAUGAAGAAUG